AGCCACAGACGGGCGCUCCCCCGAGCGCCUCGCUGGCUCCCGCUCCUCCCCCGCCUCCAAAGCUUCGUCCCAUCCCGCUCCGCCCCCGCCUCUGGAGCCAUGGCCCCGGACAGGGGCCCGGGCGAGCCCGCGGAGGCGUACGCGGAGCGCUUGCAGCGCCACCUGCGGUGGCAGGACGCCGAGCUCGCGCGCCUCCGCGGGCGCCUGGCUGCGGAGGGCCGCGAGCGGCCGGGCGGCGCGGCGGCGCCGAGGUGCUGCUCGGGGUGCGGCGCCGCGCCCCUGUCGGCGGCGGCGGCGCUGGCGGCGCUGCUGCCCUGGCCGCUGUACAGGCUGGAGCGGCGCGUGCUGGAGCAGGGGCGCGGCGUGGACGCUCCAGCCUCGAUGGAUGGCCAGGCCGCGCUCGUCACGGGGGCCUCCCAGGGCAUCGGGUUCCACGCGGCCGCGGAGUUCUGCCGCAGGGGGUCGCGCGUCGCCGUGACCAGCCGGAAGUGGCCGAAGGCGUCCAGGGCCGCCCGCGAACUCGCGGACAUGGCGGGGCGACAGCAUGAAGCGGUCACACCGAUGGUCUUGGACACGUCGGAUUUCGACGACGUCAGGCGCUUCGCGGGGGAAGCGAAGAAGCUCUUCCGGAGACUGGAUGUGGUGGUGCUCAACGCGGGCAUGGGUUACGGGCCCACGUGGCCGACGAACACCACCGCCAACAGCGGCCACGACCUAGCCUAUGCUACCAAUUUUCUCGGGCACUUCCUGCUCGUGAGGCUUCUGCUGGAGCUGCUCGCCCCAAAUGCCUCGCUGGUGGCGGUAGGGAGCGCCGCGAUGUGGCAGGGCAAGCUCCACCAGCUCACCCCGAAGACGCGCCCCAGGUAUGAUAAGUGGGUGUACGGCCAGCCCCGCCCCAUGGCAUACGCCAACAGCAAGUUGGCCGAGCUGUGCUUCGUGAAGGCGCUGCGACGCCGGCGACCAGCGCUGAGGGCGGUGGCGAUGGCCCCCGGCCGGGUCGCCACGGCACUGCUAGGUCCCGAGCUGGAUUGGUGCAGGGGCAGGAAAUGGCUGGAUUGGUGCGGUGAUCCCCAGACAAGCGGAAGGCUGGUGUUCGAGAGCGCGUUUGUCUCUGAGACGGUUGCGCCGGAGUUCCUCUACCCCUACGCGUUCCCGCGGCUGCUGUUCUCCUCGCCAGUGAGCCGGUAUCUGCCGAAGUAUGCGUGGUGGUGGCCAGUGCGGCUGAUGCGCCCGACGUUCGGCACGCUGCACGAGUCCGUGGCGCCCCACUGCGGCGUGGAGGCGCAGGAGCGCCUGUGGAGGUGGAGCGCAAACGCCACCGCGGCGCCCGCGUGGCCCGCGUAGCUCAGCGGGAGCGCCUGCGGAAGAAGGCGGGGCGCACACCACUGCGGGUGCCCGCGUGGCUUGCGGCCUCGCGGCCGGGCAGGCGCGCCCCGGGGGCUGGCGGAGCACUCGACACCCCCGGGGCUCUCCAUGCCGAGUGGGCUGUGGUGCAGGCAGCGAGCACGGCGAGGAGUGCGCGGCAGACGGGGCCGGCCCCGCGCGCGCGAGAAAGACUGCUCGGUGCC